UGGCAUUUUCUAGAUCAGUUUCCCGAAGCGAAAGAUGCUUGCCACCCUCAUUUGGCUCUUAGCUUUGCUUCCAAUGACGUUUGGUUUGCAACCCCUGGCAGAAAUGAUCAAGACCGUGAAUGGGGUUAAUGGACGGAGUGAACGAUGUCACAUCGUCAUAAUGGGAUUCCAUGACCGCCUGGACACUAUUCAAGACUUGAAAUACGGAAUGACCAUAAUCAACAAAGCUUUGACUUCCGAUCAGAUCGAACGAUAUGCCAUGUUCUUUCACGACCAAUUUGAUUGUUUGUCCUUUUGGGCUGAUUUUCGAGGAAUGGAUAGCAAUACAUCCGAGCAACUAGAUCAAACACUCAUUGAUGCAUUGGUACAGAAACUUCCAACCAGAGACGAAGUGUUCUUGGUGAGGAAUUUGGAUGCCAUCAGAGGCAUGCAUUAUCAUCACCCCACCUAUAUUCUGGAGGAAACAAGGGAAGGAAUGUAUACUCUUCUCCUGGGUUGUCCAAAUCAAGCGGAUCUAAUCCUUCUCAAUGUUUGGGACAUAAACAAGGAUUAUCAAGUCUUGGCGAGCAAUCAAGUUCGAAACCGGUGUCCUCACGUAUUUCACGGGGCUCAUCUGACCAUCAGCUGUCGGGGUCUGCCUCCAUUUAACAUCUGGAAACCAGAUGGUUCGGUUCACGGAGUCGAUGUGGACCUUAUUCAAAUUCUGAGUGAGGCUUUUGGCUUCACCUAUCGUAUCAUUACUGAGCCAGUGAUGGGUAGCCUAAUCCCCAACUCCAACAACCAAUGGUUGGGAGUCGUUGGAAGCGUCAAAAACGGCACCUCCACCAUUGGGAUUGGAAAUCCAGCCUUGGAUGCGGGACGUUAUUUGGCUGUGGAUUAUUCCGUCAUGAUGUACACGAUCGAUACCAAUUUUAUCGCCACUUACCCGAAGCCAACGCCCCCUUACGAGAAUCUGCUGAAACCCUUCAGUGCCUAUCUUUGGGUCUGUUUAAUCUUCACAUUGGUAGUGCUCUCGACGGUCUUGGUAGCGAUUGGCAGAUACCUUGAACAGCAACCUAUGGAAAAGAUAAUAACACUUCCAUUCAUGUCAUUAGUCGAGCAAAACAUCCCAGAUUCGCGCUUUAAGAGCAAGGUCUCGAAAUUUUUAAUCGGCUUGUGGUAUUUGACGGUGUUUUUCAUUUUAUCCGGAUAUUCGUGUAACCUAAGAGCGUUCCUGGUAGCCACGGAGUACGAAAAGCCAAUAGAUACAGCGGAGGACAUUUUGGCUUUGCAUAAGGAGUUCUUUCUUCCUUUAGGAACUUCUUUGGAGUUUUCGAUCGUUAAUAGCCCCAAAAAAGUGUAUCAGAAGCUGCAUGACAUUUCAAAAGGGUUCUAUUUGGAAAAUGGUUGGCUGUCACCUCCGGUUGAGAAAUCCCUUCUGGCCUCAAAAGGUGUGAUAAUAUUCCCAAAGGAACCCGUUCAAAUGCAGUUUGACACCUUUCAGAAGGCCUUUGGAUAUCAACCUUUUAGGAUCAGCAAAAGUCGGGCUUUUGAAUACCACGCCGGAUUUUUGUUCCCCAAAUUUGCGGAGUGGAGAAACGAUGUGAAUGUGAUUUUAGGGCAACUCACAAAUAUGGGCUUUGUUGAGAAACUGAAGAGAGAAUACUAUCCCGUUGGAUCGCUCAUCGAAGGGGACGAAAAUCGUGACAAUGGCCAGAUUCGCCCAUUCGGUUUCCAGCACUUUUACGCCGGAUUUAUUUGCCUCGGCGUAGGAUUAGCCCUGGCCUCCAUCGCCUUCUUGGUUGAAAUGGCGAAGCUCCGUAUUUAAACACAAAUUAUGGUUUUGUUAGAUGUAUAUCUGUCUAAUGUCAAUAUUGGAUGAAAUGGAGCUAGGGUUCAAACUCAAGAUUGGUAUUCUGAAAUUUCGUGUUUGAGCAAAAAUGUGUUUUGUCAUGUAUAUCUUUGUAAUGUAUUGAUGUUGGGCGAA